CUUCUCCCCACAACCUCCGAAUUGUUCCUGUCCAGAUCCCAUCAAGUCCUGCCAAACCCCCUCUUGACGGGCCCAUCCUGAACAGCCGCGAGUCCACCCCCAAACCGCCCUCGACGCCCACCAUCGCCAUUUCUUCGCUCUCUGUGAUUCCAGGCGCUCGCCGGCCGCUUUGUGCGAGGCGAUCUCUUCCAAGGCCCUCCCCGUGGUCUGGCGUUGACCGCCCAAGUUUGGCCGACCGGCCGCUGGCCCUCCGAUCCUCGACCUCGUAUAUUCUUUCCCGCCACGCACCGCCCACUCCUUCCCAGCAUCUUUAGGCGGCCAGAACCUGUCUUCGCCGGCUCGCCGCUCAUCCAUGCAACGCACCCUCGAGGGCUACUAGCCGUUCAUGGAAUUCCUGAGCCUGAUCUCGGCUGCCGAGUCCUGCUCAUACUCUCCCCCAUACACAGACGAGGCCGGCGCUUCCGAGGCACAGCGCCGCAAUCCAGCGCACUCGACGGCCAGCAAGCUCCAAGACGCCCCCGUGAUACUACGAGCCACCAGCGUCAUGGAUAUGUCUCCAGCAUCCAGCGGCUCCAACGAGGGCCGCCCGUCGGUAUCGCCCCAGCCGGAACCCAAGAAUGUCAGGUUCGAGUUGAUCUCGUCUGAGCAGUACCGCGCGCGCCUGCCCAUGCGUGUGCAGAUAUUCCCCCAUGAUGCCACCGAGUCUAUCGUGACGACGGUCAAGAACUUCUAUGGCCUGUACUCAAGUCCCACCAGCUCCAAGGGCGUGAGCUUUGAGGACGAGGGCGGCAACACGCUGAUUGCGCGCUAUGAGAACUUUCGCAACAACAUGACCGUUUACGUCCGGGUCAUCGAGGAGCCUACUGUCGCCUCUGGCUCCUUUGGCGCUCACUCGUACCACCCUUCGGCUGUCGGCGCCCAGUCGUACUUUGGCCAUGACGGUUUCGGCUCACACCCCUCCUCGCAUCAACAAUACGAUGCGCACAUGUCUCGCCCGGGAUCUAGGACCUCUCGCAGGCGCAGCCCGUCUCCCAACCGCGGCCGAGGCCGUCGGAGCACAUCGGUCGGCACGAACCCCGCCGCUUCCAAGAAGGGCCGCUCUCGGUCGUCCAAGAAUCGCGGCGACGGCUGCAACGACAGCAUCAACGGCUACAGCAGCGGCGACGGCGCCCCAGGAUCUUCGUGCGGCAAGAGCAAGGAGCAGAUCGGCACAACCGAGAUUAGCGUCGAGAACAUUGUCGAGGGCGGCCGUCGCAAGCGGGCCAAGUUCGAGAGCUCGGAACUGCCUCUCUUCGCGCCCCCACAGAUGCCCGCGGCAACCUCCAACCCUUCCGUGUCUCCUGCCCGCCGCAUUGAGCACUCUCGUGCCUCGCUGCCCUUUGUGCAGCCCGGCCAGAACCCCUUCACACACCCGCGGCCACUGCAGUCGCCCCAGAGCAAUGGCAAUGGCUUCAGCCACCCCGGCGCUUUUGUCACCCCUGGCCCUGAGAGCCGUCGCAAUCGCGGCAGCAUUGGCUACCCCUCGGGCAUGGGUAUCGGCCCAUCCAUGGGCAUACUGCCAACGCCGGACCCGACGGUGGGGAGCUGCAUGUCAGAAGAGGACAAGGACGUCGCAAUACAGCUGAUGCGCCUGGGCGAUGUGUCCAACAUCUCGCACGGAAGGACUUCGGCCUCGACGCUGGACGACACCUUUAGCGGGCGGGCUGAUGCCUCCUCCAGCACGGGAGCCACCAGCGACGCCGAGAGUGAGAGCGAGGACGAACUCCCUGUGGCACGGAGACAGAAGCUGGAUGCUACCGGCGUCAGCAAGAAGCUGUACCCAACCACCGAGAGCCAUCUUGUCGGCCCUCGCGAAAGCAUAGAGCAGAACGACUUUGCGCGCGGCGUGACGGGUGGCCUUAUGGGCGCGCCCAGCAAGCCCUCAGCCAAUGGUUUCAUCCCGGACGUCCCCAGGACCAACGGCGCAGCCGCGAAGCCCAAGCCCAUCAAGACGACUUCGGCCAAAGCCCCUAAGCCCUCGACGGGGGCCAAGACCAAGAAGGCUGUGCCUCCCGCGGUGAUGCCCGCCGGGCCAAUGUCGCCCGCUUCGCUGCCGGCGCCCUCGCGCAAGCAAUCGGUUGCUUCCAAUGGCGGCGCCGUAUUCCCUACGGGCAUGGGUGAGGAUGACCAGCCAGAUCUGUCGAGCAAACCUCGCUGCCAGCGCUGCCGCAAGAGCAAGAAGGGAUGCGAUCGCCAAAGGCCGUGCGGUCGCUGCAAGGAUGCAGGCAUCCCGGCCGAGCUCUGCAUUAGCGAGGACGAGGGCAACGGGCGCAAGGGCCGGUACGGUCGCCACAUGGGCGUCCCCAUCAAGAAGGACGAGGUCUCGGCCCCCACCACGGUUGUCCCCGUCCCACAGCAAACCCUCCUCCCUGCUGCGCCUAUCGCUUCGUCAUCUACCAUCCUGCCGCCAAUCGCAUCGCUUCCCUUGGACAAGAACAAGAAGCGGAAGAGGUGAGCGGCCGUGGCGGAGCCGUUUCUCUGUUCGUCGCCUUUCUUUGGAUAGACAUGUCCUCUGGCCAACCAUGCUGGUGGGACUUGUCUUGAAGUAGCCGGAUCUUCCAUGAUAUUCCGCAAAUCAAGAAAACAUCAGAAAAAAAAAACCACAAGAAAGGAGAGGGUGUCAGAACUGGGCGUCGUGGAACGCGUCCACAGCACGGCAGGGAUUGGAAGGGGAUCUCCUCGCCGGAUUGCGGUCCACGGCAGCUGUCGUGGCUUCGCCGAGCCAUCAAAAAGUCGAGAGUCUGGUCUCCCCCUCGGCUCGUUUCUCUACCUGUUUACCCGUGUCCGUUUCUUGCUUUUGCUCUCGAGAUGCUUUGUUUUCGGAGCCAGGCGUUAGUUGUGUUUACCAGUGGAUGUAAUGGCGAUAUCUACUUCUUACAGAUAUCAUUCCACUCCUUUUUUUUUUUUUACCACACAUCACGGGGAUGGAUUCUUGGGCGCUGGCGAACACGUCUUUUUCUUCUUCUCUGUCCAUGCUUGCCUUGUUUUGUACUGCACGGGUUUCUUCUUUUCCUUUUUUCUCGAAAAGAAGUUUGGGUUCUAUCAAGGGGUUCACUCGCUGAGUGGGAAAGGUUGGCGACACCACCAUUUUUAUUGUCGAUCUGGAACUGUCCAAGCCGACGAAACUGAAAAAAAUAACACAAUAUCUUAUCGGCAACACGACUUCGGCAGGCACUGGGGAGCUGCGAGAUUGCUCGGCCGCGUCAGUUUCUGGUUGAGCACGAGGCUGGGAGGCAACAAGAGGUGAAUUUGGGGGAUCAGGCCGUUGUUUGCUCCCUCUCGGAAGAUACAGGCAAGCCCCGGAUCAGAGGGCAAAAGAAUAUCUUUAGGGGAAAGGGGGGGAAGAGAAAGGAAGGGGUUUCCGGCGGGGGGUUGGAAGACUUGUCACUUGGGUCCUUCCUCCCUGUUUUUUUUUGCUUCCUUUUACUGUUAUUUUUUCCCUGUUAUCUCUUCAUCUACUUGUUUGCUUCCCGUGCCAGCUGGCUCGUAUUUUAAGUGUGUUUGUUGCUACUCUCUUUGUGUGUGUAUGUGAAUGUGCGUUGUUUUAGUCGUUUCCCUCUGAAGCUUGACAGCAGCGUGUUUGGGAGAUUGGGAUAGUGUGCAUGUGCGCGCAGGGAGGUGAGAGAAGACAAUAACAACAUGAUUUGAACAUGCA